AUGAAUUUAAAUUUAAAAAUGAUCGAUCUCACAACAGAGCAGCUUAGCUUGUUUCUUCCACAGAUUGUAAUUGACGACGCUUUAGAAGGGAAAAAUCUUGAUUUAACACCUUCAUACCGUAGCACUACCUCAUUAUAUAGUUACUCUUCUCCUGAACAAUCUUCCAAGAGCCCGUUCACUCCAUCUCCCCAAAUUGCUCCACUAGAAAGCAGACUCCACUCAUAUUUAUUCAAAAAACAGCACCAUGAAGACUCGAUUUCUCUAAAACUUGCUUCAUUAUUCGAAGACUUAAAUUUGGAAAAAGAGGUUGAAAAAGAAGUCGCUGGAUGUUCACAUAAAGUAAAGCUUUGUGAUGAAAUUAAUGAAGAUUUCUUUGAUGAAGUGCUCAAAAAAAUCAAUUUAUUUGUAAAUAAACAAAAAAAAUUGAGUGCAUAUGCCCAAAGCUUCUGCCCGUUGGAUUUCAAUAAAGAAAAUAUCCCACCGCAAAGUAUGCAUUAUAAAUUAAGUUAA